AUGAAAGUGGCCAUCAAGCCAGGGGUCCUGAGCAGCCAUGGGGACUUUACGUUUACUGCCUUCUUUUGCUGCCAUCCUACUCUGUGGCCUCUGCUCAGCUGGUCCAGCUGGGAAAGAGUUUGCCACAGUUUUUAUGCAAAAUUAUCUUCCCAACUAUAGUAACCCUCGCAUUCAGAUCCAGAUCUCAGCCUUUCACCCUGACACCAGGGUCAAGGUUACUGUCUACAAAACCAGUUUCCAGGAGGAGCGUGUGCUCGGGGCAGGCCAGGGCGCCACGAUUCAGUUGCCCACGAACAUCGAGCUGUGUGACAGUGUGAAGUCCAGCAACACGGUCCUCAUCACUGCCACCAAGGAGAUCACCGUGGUGUCCCUCAACUACAAGUACCUUACAGCCGACACAGCCGUCAUCUACCCUGUGGACGAGUGGGGUACCGAGUACUACAUCUUCACUCCCCUGGUCUCCCCGAUGGGAACCUUCAAGGAGAUGUCCAUCACCAAUUACAAGGAGCGCAACACCGUGGAUGUGUACCUGAAGGGAGCGGUGGAGUUUGAAAACCGGGUGUACCCACCAGGCAGCAAGCUGACCAUCAGCCUCGAACCAUACGAGAGUGUCCAGCUGCUGAGCAUCCACGACCUGUCUGGCAGUCGCGUUGUGUCCAGGCUGCCGGUGGCCGUGUCCAGUGGCCACACCUGCACGUGGAAGAACACCAAGUGCAACCACGUUUAUGAGCAGCUGAUCCCUGUCACCAAGUGGGGCAACAAUUUCAUAGUCCCCCCUCUCAGCUUCCAGACCAAAUAUGACACCGUAUAUCUCAGCGCCUCCCAGCCCACUGAAAUCCAGGUUCAGGCCGGACUAGCCAGUCGAUCAGUCAGCCUUGGUGAGGGGCAGGUCUUUGAGUUCCAGGUCAAAAACCCCGAUCCUCUUUACAUCACCGCCUCCAAAGGUAUCCAGGUCCUGUUUCUGGCCAACGGUGGCGUUUUACCUGACGGCACCAUGUUUGACCCCUUCCUGAUGACCAUUUUAGACACUGACCACUUUUGCACCUCCUACAGUCUGGAAGGACAGGCAGAGUUCAAGAACAUAGCCAUCAUAGUGGCACGCAGCGAUGCCCUAAGUGGGCUCAAGUUUGACAACAGCAAUCUGCCAAGCAAUGUGCAGUGGAGGGCAAUAACAAAAACAGAGUUCUCCUGGACUGAAGUUGCCUACACUGGUGGUGCUGGUAGACACACUAUCGUCCACCCCAAGUCCCCCUUCGCUGUCUAUAGUAUUGGUACAGCACAGAUGAAUGGAUACGGGGCACCAGCACCGUGCGGUUUAGAAGCUCCUGUAACUUGUCAGAGCGUGACAUGCAGCGCAAACGAGCGAUGUGAGAUGAAGGACGGCUAUCCUAGCUGCGUGGUUGACAAGAAGGGGAUCUGCUGGGCAUGGGGUGACCCCCACUAUCACACUUUCGACGGCCGCAACUUUGACUUCCAAGGCACCUGCACUUAUACCAUCUCUAAGACCUGUGGCAGCAACAAAGGACUCCCGGAAUUCGAAAUCGAGGCCAAGAACGAGAACCGCGGCAGUUCUCGUGUCUCCUUCGUCUUCAUGGUUACUAUCAAAGUACACGGCUACACCAUCACUGCAGUCCGGUCGGACGUUGGUCGUGUCAGGGUGAACUACAGGCUCGGGUACCUGCCCAUCAGUCUGGAUGAUGGAAAAGUGCUGAUAUACCAGAGCGGUCAGUCUUUCAUCCUGGUAAGCGACUUUGGUCUGCAGGUUCAAUAUGACUGGGAGCACUACCUGGUUGUCACCCUUUCCAGCAGCUAUGCCGGGAAAGUGUGCGGCAUGUGCGGCAACUUCAACGGCAAUCCAAGCGACGACUUUGCCACACCCAGCGGCUCCCAGGCGCCCAACUCCCUGGACUUCGGGAGCAGCUGGAAGGUCCCUGGGUUCGCCAACGAGGGAUUCUGCAGAGACGACUGCAACGGGAAGUGUCAGGAGUGUGAGAACAGCUUCAUCAAGCGAUUCGAGAGCGAGCUGUUCUGCGGAUUCCUAACUCGCAUCAUCAAUGGACCGUUCAGCAUGUGCCAUAAAGUCAUCGACCCCAAGAUCUACUUUGACAACUGCAUCUACGACCUGUGCAUGGCCGACGGCCACCGGAACUUCCUCUGCCGAUCCCUGCAGGUGUACGCAGAGGCUUGUCAGCGCGCCGGCGUUGUGGUAUACGACUGGAGGACUGUGGCAAAGUGCCCUGCCUCCUGCCCAGAGAACAGUCACUAUGAGCUGUGCGGCAAUGCCUGCCCCGCCACCUGCAGCGACCCUAAAGCCCCCUCUAAGUGCACGUCCCCCUGCAUAGAGAGCUGCCAGUGUAACUCCGGCUUCGUGCUAAGCGCAGGGAAGUGCGUCCCAGAGUCACGCUGCGGCUGCAACUAUGAGGGCCGCCAUAUCCCCGCAGGAGAGAAAUUCUGGGGAGACGACAGCUGCAAGAAACUGUGCUCCUGCAACCCCAGCACAGGCAAGGCAGAGUGCAAGGACACAGGCUGCCGCUCCGGCGAGCAGUGCAGUGUGGUGGACGGGGUGAGGGAUUGCCACCCGGUGACCUACAGCACCUGCUCCGCGGCCGGCGACCCCCACUACCUGACCUUUGACGGCCAACGCUUUGACUUCAUGGGUACCUGCGUCUACCAGCUGGUCGGAGUCUGCUCCACAGAUCCCAGUCUGAUCCCCUUUGAUGUGCAAGUGCAGAACGAUUUCAGAGGCAACAAGGUGGUCUCCUACACCAAGCUGGUUCAGGUUACUGUAUACGGACAGACAAUCGUCAUGAGCAGAGAGAACUAUGGAAAAGUCAUGGUGAACGGGGAGCUGACAAACCUGCCAGUUUACCUGAGUGACGGUCAGGUGGUGGUGUACCGCAAAGGCUGGUACGGCAUCGUGCACACCAACUUCGACCUGACGGUGGCCUUCGACUGGAACAGCAGAGUCUCUGUCACCCUGCCCAGCACCUACGCCGGCGCCGUCUGCGGCCUCUGUGGAAACUACAACAGCAAGUCCCAGGAUGACCUACAAAUGAAAAAUGGACAGAUGACCAACAACCCUAAUGAUUUUGGCCAGAGCUGGCGUGUUGCUGAGAUCCCCGGCUGCGUCAGCGGGUGCAAGGGCACCUGCCCUGACUGUGACAUCACCCAGAAGAAUCAAUACCAGACCAAAGAAUACUGCGGCAUCAUCAACGACCCCAAGGGGCCCUUCCGCGACUGCCACGCCAAGGUGAACCCAACCGGAUACUUCAAUGACUGCGUGUACGAUGUCUGCCUCUUCAAGGGCCUCCAGUCUUCCCUGUGUCAGGCCAUCACUAGCUAUACCUCCGCCUGCCAGGAUGCAGGGGCCAAGGUCUAUCCCUGGAGAUCUGACAAGUUCUGCCGUCCCAGCUGUGCCAAGAACAGCCACUACGAGGUGUGUGCCAGUGGCUGCCCUGCGACCUGCCACAGCCUCUCAGCCCCUGUUGGCUGCCAAAACUUGUGCACAGAGAGCUGUGUCUGUGAUGAUGGCUUCAUCCUGAGCGGUGAACAAUGUGUGCCCAUGUCUGAGUGUGGUUGCUUGUACAAGAACAAGUACUACAAAAUCGAAGAGGUCUUCUAUCCCAGUGGGCUCUGCCAAGAAAUCUGCACAUGCCAGAAGGACGGCAAGGUAGAGUGCCUCAAGUUCUCAUGCGGUGCAAACGAGGAGUGCAAAGUGGCAAACGGCGUGAGGAAGUGCCAGCCGGUUGGAAAGGCUACAUGCUCUGCCUCCGGAGACCCGCAUUACACCUCUUUUGAUGGGCUGAGGUUCGACUUCCAGGGUACCUGCACCUACACACUGGCCAAAGCCUGCGGCAUUGAAGGGAACUCCCAUCUGACAGCUUUCUCGGUGGAGGUGGAGAACGAGAAGUGGGGCAACGGCAAGGUGGCCGUUACCAAGCUGGUCGCCGUGGAGAUUUAUGGGAACACGCUGAUUCUGAAGGCGGGGAAAAAGGCCUUGAUCAUGCUGAACGGUGUGUGGAACAACCUCCCAGUCAGUCUGGACAGUGGCACAGUGCGGGCUUACCAGCACGGAGUCAAUGUGAUCAUCGAGACUGACUUUGGCCUCAGAGUCACUUACGAUCUUGUCUACCAUGCCACAGUCACCGUGCCCGGCAACUACCGCGACAAGAUGUGUGGCCUCUGCGGCAACUACAAUGGGAACAGCAAAGACGAGUUCCGCCUACCCAACGGCAAGGAAACGUCUAAUAUCAAGACCUUUGGAGAAGCGUGGAAGGUCAACGUCCCAGAUGUGGUCUGUUCCCACGGCUGUGACGGCAGUACCUGCCCCGUGUGUGACAAGAACAAGCAAGCAAUCUUUGAAAAGCCCAAUUACUGUGGCAUCAUCAACGACCGCAAGGGCCCGCUCGCCGCAUGCUAUGACAAGAUCAGCCCUGAGAAUUACUUCAGCAACUGCAUCUACGAUCUGUGCAUGUCUGAAGGUGAUACCAAAGUGCUCUGUCACAGCAUCCAGUCCUACGUCACGGCCUGCCAGACACUUGGGGUGGAUAUUAAGAGCUGGAGAACUCCAUCCUUUUGCCCAAUGACAUGCCCAGCAAACAGUCACUAUGAGGUCUGUCCUGAGGUUUGCUCCACUACAUGUGCGGGUGUCACUGACAUCAGCAAGUGCCCAGUCCAAUGUGCUGAAGGGUGUGCCUGUGACGAUGGGUACUUCUUCGACGGAAAGGGAUGUGUCACUAUGGACAACUGUGGCUGCUUUGAAAACGGGCGUUAUUACCAGCCUGGAGAAGUGGCCAUUACUGACAACUGUAAGCAGAAAUGUUCUUGCUUGCCAAUGGGCGGUCUUGUCUGUGAGGAGAUCUCAUGUCCCAAAGAUACCAAGUGUGAAAUCAAAAAUGGAAUCCGGGCCUGCUACAACGUAGAUCCAUGCAAAGUAGCAAAUUGCCGUGCAAAGGAGACCUGCAAAGUGGAGAAGGGAGAGGCGGUGUGUGUGCCUCAGUACAUUGGCACCUGCUGGGCCUGGGGGGACCCCCAUUACCACACCUUCGAUGGAUACAACUACGACUUCCAGGGCACCUGCACCUAUACCAUCUCCAAGACAUCUGGGAACGAUACUGGGCUGGUCCCCUUCUCUAUCGAGGAGAAGAACGACAACCGUGGCAACACAGCAGUCUCCUACGUCAAGCUGGUGAUUAUCUCUGUGUACGGCUACACAGUGACAAUAGAGAAGUUUCAGUAUGGAAAGGUCCAGGUAAAUGGUGAGGUGUUGAAUUUGCCAGUGACGCUUGAUGAUGGCAAGAUCAAACUUUUCCAGAGCGGCCUGAGUGCUGUGCUGGAAACGGAUUUCGGUAUGCGGGUUACCUAUGACUGGAACUGGUACCUGCUCAUCCAACUGCCCAGCAGCUACUAUGACAGUGUAGGUGGCCUCUGUGGCAACUUCAAUGGCAACAUCAAGGAUGAAAUGAGAGAGCCUGAUGGCAAAGAAGUCUCCAGCGUCAUCGACUGGGCCAAGAGCUGGCGGGUGAAGGACAGGGACCUCUUCUGUUGGGACUACUGCAAGGGCAACUGCCCUACAUGCGAGGACAGCGCACGCAAGCUGUACGAGAGCGAGACCUACUGUGGGGUCCUUACCAAGGCGGUGGACGGAGUUUUCCGCGAGUGCCACGUCAAAGUCGAUCCAAGGGACUUCUUCGACAGCUGUGUCUAUGAUGUGUGUCUGAACAAAGGCGCCAAGGCACUACUGUGUCAGGCGACGGCUGCCUACGCAGGCACUUGCUUGAAAGAGGGAAUCGUCGUGAAGGACUGGAGGAAAAUAACUGGCUGUACUAUGAAAUGCCAGGCAAAUAGCCACUAUGAGGCAUGUGCCAGCCCCUGCCCACAGACCUGCCCUUUCCCAGAAAACAGCCCGGUCUGCAAAGGCACCUGUGUGGAGUCCUGCCAGUGCGACCAGGGCUAUGUACUGAGCGGUGAUAAAUGCGUGCCGGCUGCCAGCUGUGGCUGCUCUUACCAGGGCCGCUACUACGAGCCAGGGCAGAAGUUCUGGGCCGAUGAAAGCUGCCAUGUGAUCUGCGAGUGCGACACCUCCCUAAAGAUGGUCGUUUGCAAGGAGUCCAGCUGCAAAUCCAGCGAGCAGUGCAAGGUGGUGGAUGGAGUGAGAGGAUGCCAUCCACUCAGCUACUCCACAUGCACAGCAUCUGGAGACCCACACUACCUCACCUUCGAUGGCAAGCUGUAUAACUUCAUGGGCACAUGCAUCUAUGAGUUUGUGAAACUCUGUUCCAAGGAUACAGGCCUCACCCCCUUCAGCGUCAAGGUGCAGAAUGACAACCGCGGAAGCAAAGCCGUCUCCUUCACCAAAGUAGUGACCGUAGAUAUAUUCGGUAUGACGGUUACCAUCAGCAAGGACUACCCCUACAAGAUACUAGUUAACGAUCAGUUUGUGUCCUUGCCAUUCUAUUAUGAAGAAAAGAUGUCAAUUUUCCGCAGCGGCUGGACAGCGGUGCUGGAGACUGACUUUGGACUGCGGGUGACUUUCGACUGGAACAGCGUGAUUACCGUCACCUUGCCCAGCACCUACCAAGGCGCUGUCUGUGGCCUCUGUGGCAACUUCAACAAGAAUCCCUCUGAUGACAUGAAGACGCCCGGAGGAAAUUUGGAAUCCAACGAUGUGAAGUUUGGCGACAGCUGGAGAGUAGGUUUGGUGCCAGGCUGCUCGUCAGAAUGCACUGGUCCCUGGUGCCAAAUCUGCUCCGAUUCCCAGAAGAAAGUAUACCAGGCGGAGCGCUACUGUGGCUUGAUCACAAGCAAGUCCGGCCCAUUCCGCGACUGCCUUGCUAAAAUAGACCCCAGUGGUUUUAUUGAAAACUGCAUGUAUGAUGCCUGCCAAUACCAGGGCUACCACAGAGCUGUCUGUGAUGCUGUGGCUGUCUAUGCCUCUGCCUGUCAGAAUGAAGGCAUCACCAUCUACCCAUGGAGGAGCCAGACCUUCUGCCCUGCCACCUGUCCCAGAAACAGUCACUACGAGGUUUGUGCCACAGGCUGCCCUGCCACCUGCCAUAGCCUGUCCUCCCCCAAGAAGUGCCACUUGCCCUGCAAGGAGGGCUGCCAGUGCGACAAUGGCUUCAUCUUGAGCGGGGAUGAGUGCGUGCCCAUUGCGGAGUGUGGCUGCGUGUAUGGUGAGCAGUACUACAAAAAGUGUGAGGUAUUCUACCCCAAGGGCAAGUGUGAGGAGCAGUGCAAGUGCAGCGAGGACGGCGCUGUCACCUGCAAGAAGUUCUCCUGUGGGGCCAACGAGGAGUGCAAGGUGGCGAAUGGCGUGCAAGCGUGCCACCCCGUAGGGGAAGGCAAGUGCGUGGCCUCAGGAGACCCCCACUACAUUUCCUUUGACGGCCUCAGGUUCAACUUCAUGGGCACCUGCACAUACACUCUGGCCAAGCUGUGCGACCAAGAGGACAAGCUCCGGCCUUUCUCCGUGGACGUUGAGAAUGUGGCGUUCGGGAACGGAAAGGUGGCCGUCACGAAGAUGGUGAAGGUGGUGGUGUACGGUUAUGUUAUCACCAUAAACCAAGGGAUGCGAUGGAAAGUCAUUGUGGAUGAUGAGGUGUUUCACCUGCCCCUGUCCCUCAAUAAAGGAAGGGUCACGAUCAACCAGGAGGGCUGGAACGUCGUUGUCCAGACAAACUUCGGUCUGAGGGUGCUGUACGACGCUGUGUACUAUGUAGAAGUAAUCGUCCCCGGAAACUACCGCAGCAAGAUGUGCGGCCUCUGCGGCAACUUCAAUGGAAACCAGAAGGACGAAUUCCUUCUGCCCAAUGGCAGAGUGGCCGAGAACGCUGACGUCUUUGGGGCAGGAUGGCGAGUAGACAUCCCAGGGGUCGCGUGCAAUGGCGGCUGUGGCAAAGACUGCCCGCUCUGUGACCAGGGCAAGCAAGUAGUCUACGGGAAUGACAACUACUGUGGGAUGAUCAAGUCCAUCACAGGUCCCUUCCAAGCCUGCCACGCAAAGGUCAAGCCGGAGCCCUACUUCGAGGACUGUGUCUUUGACGUGUGUGCCGUGGACGGGGAUAAGGACAUGCUGUGCAAGAGCCUCCAGGCCUAUGUUAUCGCAUGCCAGGCCGUCGGGGUGCAGAUCAAAACCUGGAGAACAAAGGAAUUCUGUCCUGUUUCCUGCCCAGCUAACAGCCACUACGAGCUGUGUGCCGACACCUGCAGCACCUCCUGCUCCGCGCUCGUCACUGCCUCAACCUGCACCAAGAGCUGCUUUGAGGGCUGCCAGUGUGACAGUGGAUUUGUUUACGAUGGAGACAAGUGUGUGUCCAUGGACACCUGUGGCUGCGUCUAUCAUGGCAAAUACAUGAAGGCUGGCGAGAAGAUUGUGGCAAAGGGCUGUACUGAGCAAUACACGUGCAACGCCACAGGGGCCGUGGAUUCUGAGCCGCUGACGUGCCCCGCCGGGGAGUACUGUGGGGUCAAGAACGGAGUUCGGGGCUGCCAGAAAAAAGUGGGAAUUUGCACAGUGAAGCCUGGCACUCUUUUCCAUUCCUUCGACGGGAACAAGGGGAAGAUAAGCAGCGGAGGAGCCUUUGAGAUCGCCUCGCUCUGCAACCAAGGCUCGGAGGAGUGGUUCCGCGUUGUGGUGGACGUGCGGACCUGCACCCAGAACAGCAUCGCCGGCGCAGUCACUGUCUAUGUGUUCUUUGGGAACACCCACAUUGCUGUGAACAAUGAGCAACAAACUUGGGUGAACGGGAAGAAGGUAACCCUGCCCACUAAGCUGGAGAAUGAGAUAUUGGUCCACAUUUCGAACAAGCUGAUAAUCAUUGAGCGGAAAUCCAGUGUGCAGGUGACCUACAGCAUCACGCAGGAGGUGACUGUUACCGUGAGCGCCGAUCUCGCCAACAAGGUGUGCGGUGCUUGCGGAAACUUCAACGGCAAUGAGAGUGAUGACAUGACGUUAUCCACCGGCAAAAUCUCGAUCAACUUCCAAGAGGUCAUCAACUCCUGGAAGGCCAUGGAUCACUCAAGCUGCGGUCUGUAAUCUCCUGACAACUUGUCCCAAGAUAGACAGAAAACACACAUACAAUGAUUGCAGUUCUCUAAAUGGACUAGGUUUAAUCAGACUUUUUUCUGUUUUUUUUUUGUUUGUUUUUGUCUUGGUAACCAUUUAAUUUCUUUUAAAUGUU